AUGUUCUCGGUCGAUGUGAUCAUCGCUAACAUCAUCAAUCCAAAUUCAAACGAUUCAAUUAAAUUUUACCAGAAUGAGCUGCUCAAUUUACAGAAGUCUCCAGUUGGCUGGCAAUUGAUGGAAGAUCUACUCACGAGUGAUGAUAAGAUCUACAAAUUCUAUGGUGCUUUGACUGCACAGAUAAAAGCGUCUAAUGACUUAAGUGGUGUAAAUGAUGCCGAAGUGUCGAAUUUCAAGGCUAAAUUGAUAUUUUAUAUCAACUCAAACAACGGUAAUAGACUUGUUUCUAAUAAAUUACUCUCUACACUUAUCGUUUUACUGGUGAAAACGAGCUUGAAUGAAUUAUUCAGCACACUCAGCCUUUUGAAUCUCCCAGAAUCCUUCAAAUUAGCUGUAGCUUUCGAAGAUUUGGUUAGAUUCGAACUAAGUAGUCAGCAAUCUCAGCAACUACAUCAACAGCUACAAUCCCAUAAGAAUCACAUUGAAAAUACAAUUAUCAACAAUCUUAGCGAUUUAGACUCAACAACGACCUCAAUUGAGUGCUAUCUGAGGUUCAACAGCUCACAUGACUUCUUAGAUCGACUAUUGAACAAUCUCCUAAACAUGAUCAACCCAGAUAACUUCAAUAAAGUAUCACUCACCAUUGAAAUUCUCAUCACUUUCAAAGAUUAUUCUAUACCUGUUUCACAUCUUCUAACUUGUCCAUUAUCAUCUCAACUAUGGCAGCAGUGUAUAGAAAAUGAAUCAUCAGAUGAAAUAAGCCAGUCUAUCAUCAACCUCCUCUUGACUUUUGUCGAAUCUUAUCCAGAGUUCAUAGUGAAUAAUCCCACAUCACCCACCACACACAGUCUCCUUCAACUAGCCUUGUCUGCAACCUCCUUUCCAGGCUUAGCGGGUAGUGAUGAGGAAAUCUCAGAGAGCUCGCUUGAUAUUUGGUUCCAGCUUCAGGAAUCUCUUUCAGAUGACCCAACCAACGCUGAUCAUUUCAAGCAGUACUUCUCCCAACUGUCCUAUAUUCUUCUUACAAAAGUGGUCUUUCCACCUUCGCUCGCCCAAAAUCAACUCGCCAGAGAUCAAUUCAUCAGCUAUAGACAGAUCGUAGGCGACACUUUCAUAUACUCCUACUACGUCAUCAGAGAUGCCUUGACCGAAUUACUUUUCAACAGCCUAACAACCACCCUGCAGUCCUCCGAAAAAGUUGAAUCUGUUUUUUUUGCAUUCAAAUCCAUCCAGGAAGCAUUACCAGAGAACAGCGAUGCAGUGGUGCGGUUUUUCGAUUCACACAUCAUUAAUGUAAUAUCCACCCACAGCCAACGCGCUCAGCAGACCUUUCUGGCGACUAUAGACGAAUACUCACCGCAAAUCUCUCACCAUCCUUCUGUGCUCCCGCAACUGCUAAAUUUCGUUGUCGCGAGGCUGUCACACGCGGAGCUAGCUACAACCGCAGCCAAUGCCCUUAGAAGCCUAUGCGGUGACUGUAAGCAGCACCUAAUAAAUGAAAUAGGUGCUUUUGGAGAACUGCACAAAAAUUUAUCCACCAGCGUACCAGUUUCCGAGAGGUCGAAAGUCAUUCAGGCUAUUGUAUCAAUCGUCAAUGCCUUACCUCCCGCUCAAGCUAAAGAUCCACUCAUUGCUAUCGUUCAACCACUACUCGAAAUCAUCUUCACCAACUUGGACACAACCAUCAAGUCCAAAGAGAGUGCUGAACGUGAGAGUGUUUUGGUAGCUUUUGACAACUUGCUCGCUGUAUCUAAAGGUCUUGUCAACUACGAUGAUGAUGUCGACUACGCACAAGUUGAGCUGGUCAGAGGUAAUGAGAUUUUGAUGCAGUUGCGCAAGGCUUUUGUGGAGAUAGGAUUGAAAGUUUCCGUUGAAGCUACUUCUGAUUCAGACAUAUCGAGUAUAUUCGGAGAUAUAGCAAAAAGUCUGACAUUGAGCCCAACCCAGCCAACCCUCCUCACACCGCAAUUAGAAGACUUGCUCAAUGUAGCAGGAAUGGCAUUAUCCUCACCACAUCUCUCUUCCAUCUGGUUAAGCUUAUCGACCUCACUUAUCAAUAGAUCCAAGAUUAUAAUUGACCAGGAGCCGCAGAAGAGAGAUCUGUAUGUCAGUAUAAUAUUACAACUCACAACCACCGCAUGGAGUAGUAUUUCCAAAACACUCACCAACGAACUCCAAAUGCAAGAAUACCCAGAUAUAACUUCUACGUUCUUCAGUAUGUUAACAAUGCUGACUAAAUCUCUCCCAAUAGCUUUCUUGCAAUUGGAUGGAGUGGUUUUAGAGGGAUUGCUAACUUUUUCCACUAUCGCUCUCAAGAUUCCCGAGAGACACGCUUUAAGAGCAGCGGCUGAUUUCGUCUCCAGUACAAUAUUUCAGACAAGAAACCUGCCUGCGAUUGAGCAAAGUAUUGUCGAUGGCUUGUUGAAGAAGUUUGGUGCUACAAUGGUGCGAACUAGUUUGAUAGGUGUAGCGCAAAACGCCCCACGCUCACAGGUGCCUAUUCUUGGCGAGAUAAUUUUUCUGUUCGUCGUCAAGCUCUCCGCUCAGUCUGAGCGGUGGGUCGAGAGUGCUGUGCUGGAGCCGCUGGACGUGUACACGAGGGCGUCGAUGCAGGAUAAGGAGAAAGUAACUAAAACAAUCAAUGCUGCACGCACUGCGAGACGCGUGAAAGAGGCAUGCAGUGAGUUCGCUGGAGUUUGCCGCGGUACACAAGGUUCAGCAUUCGGAAUGGCAGUGUCCGUAGUAUAG